UUGCGAUCUUAUAUUCCAUGUUUUAACGACUCUUGAGUGUUGUAAAACAAAAUGGACCUAGACAAAUCAAGUACAAUACGUAAUUUAAUUUUAUUUGGCCAACUUUAGUGCUUGGCUGUCGUAAUUUGUCAUUUUCUAGAAUUAUAGCAGAAGAUGAAUGGAAAAGCCAAACUUUUGAAUGGCUUACAGCAGCUAGCACAAGAAGCAACAAGUCUCCAUAAGCGAGUAUCAUCAAUCAGAGAUGUCCCGACCAGUUGUGUGUCUGUAGGAGAAGAGUUGCUACAUAAUGCCUAUUCAAAACUGGUGAGGCUAAGUCGUGAGCUUGAUUCAGCUGAAAUAUUGCAGGAUGUAGACCCAUGUCAGGACCAGAGUUUUACUGAUGAAUCUGUUCUAGAACCAUCUAUUCUUGAUGAAUCAUCAAAUGCAACCAGACACGAUGAAACAGAUGGUGAUGUCGUGAAUGUGAAGAAAGAGGAGGAAGAGGAGGAGCUCUGGCCAGACGAGGAUGAUGAUGAUUUUAUAAUCAAGGAGAUGGAUUCUGUCCUUGAUAAUUCAAAUAAUGAAGGGGAAAUAGAAGAAGAGGUGGAAGAAGAACCUGAUGCAGAUAUAGUGCCACCAACAGCACAACACAUCAACACUUUGAAGACACAAUUUGGUCAUUCUAAGUUUAGGCCAAUGCAGUGGCGAAUCAUUAGUACAUUACUGCAUGAUAAACGAGACCAGUGUGUGGUCAUGGCAACAGGGUAUGGUAAAAGUCUGUGUUACCAGUUUCCACCUGUAUUCUUAAACGGCGUCAGCGUAGUUAUUUCACCUUUGAUCUCGCUGAUGGAGGACCAGGUGCUUGCUCUUGAUGUUGCAAAUAUUCCUGCAUGUUUUCUUGGAUCAGCCCAGCGGAAUAUGAGUCAAGUAACCUCUAAUAUGUACAAUGGUUAUUACAGGGUCAUUUAUCUUACUCCUGAGUUUGCUUCUGCUGCUCCUGAGGUUCUUCAGAGACUUGAUCAAAGUGUUGAUAUUACUCUCGUUGCAAUUGAUGAAGCACAUUGCGUCUCUCAGUGGGGUCACGAUUUUAGGUCAAGUUAUCGUAACCUUGGCAACCUCAAGAAAAUAUUACCUAAGGUUCCAAUGAUAGCACUGACUGCCACCGCAACCCCUGAGGUCAGGAAGGACAUAUGCAAAUCAUUGAGAUUACAGUCGCCUUUGGUUACCUGCACAUCCUUUGACAGGACCAACUUGUACAUUGAAGUUCGACCAAAGACCAAUGCUGGGGAAGAUUUGAUGGCUCUUAUGAAAGAAUCAUCAAGGUUUCAUCAUGAAUUUGAUGGGCCAACAAUUGUGUAUUGUCCCACAAAGAAGUCAACUGAGAAUGUAGGGGCCAUCUUGAAACGGUACGGGGUCAAAUGCGACGUCUAUCACGCUGGUCUACCUCAAGAAAAGCGCAAGCAAGUUCAUCACAUGUUUGUUAGAGAUCAGCUUCAGUGCAUUGUAGCUACCGUUGCAUUUGGAAUGGGCAUAGACAAACCAGAUGUCAGAAAUAUCAUACACUAUGGAGCCCCUAAAGACAUCAACUCGUACUAUCAGGAAAUUGGUCGAGCGGGAAGAGAUGGUUCGCCAAGUGUUUGUUACACUUUCUUUUCGUCUGGUGAUUUCAGUACAAAUAGAUUUUUUCUCCAAGACAUAAAGAAUGAGACGUUUUACCAACAUAAGCUGGAAAUGAUGAAUAAGAUAGAACAGUGCCUGCUCAGCACACAGUGUAGAAGAAAUGCCAUUUUAUCACAUUUUGAAAGUAAUCAGAAAAGUCAAAUAUCUGGAACAUUCCAAUGUUGCGAUAACUGUAGGAGAAGUAUUGAAAGAAAACAGAAUCGUAUUAAUAAUGGCGAUAUUGAAGAAGAAUCAGAGGAGAAAGAAUUUGGUAAAGAAACUCUAAGCCUAUUGCAGGCUAUUGAUGCCAGUAAUGAGCGAUUUGGUUUAACCAUCCCGAUUCAGAUGCUAAGAGGAUCUAACAAUCAAAAAAUGCCAGAAUGGCUGACCACACACAAGCUUUUUGGGAAAGGAAAAGACAAAUCAGAGAAAUGGUGGAAGGUGUUUGGUCGACAGCUUUUACUACAAGGAAUGCUUGUGGAGAGAAAAUCUUCCGCUAAGUUUGGAUGUCUGGUCGGUAUUUCAGGGAAAGGACGAGAUUGGCUGUAUAGUAACCAUGCCAAACCAAGUUACAAAUUUCUACCAAAUCAGGAACUGAAAUCUUUAGGAAAAGAAAAGAUCCCAAUACAUAUUUUACCGAAGCCAGUUAUUCUGCCGUCUGUUCCGAAUUCACAAUGGACAUCUUGCAAAUUUACUAUGGGUUCAGAAGAAGAAUUGAGGCCAACUCAGAAACCAGUUGACCCCAAAGUUCAAAUGUUACAGGGCACACUGUACACCAAGCUAAUGGAGGUCAGGAAUAGCAUUGCUAAUGAGAAGGGUGCUGCACCUUAUAUGAUUGCUAACAAUAAGAACCUCACAGCAUUGGCAACAAUUAGACCUAGUUCAAUGGAAUCGUUGCUGAAAAUUGAUGGUAUAUCUGAGGUGCGUGCUCGUACCUAUGGUCAACGCUUUAUCGAUAUAAUCACAGAAUUCAGCAAGGAACACGAAAUAGAUGUUGAUCAAUUCCCAGACACCCAGGAAACAACGACAACUGAUGGAGAUUCUAAACAACCAACACAGAACAUAAUCCAAGUAGGAGGCAGAAAACCUCUGUCAGAUACGAAACAGAUAUCCUACACCAUGUUUAUGGAGGAUGGUAUGAGUUUGGAAGAAAUCGCUGACAACAGGGGAUUUAAAGUUUCAACAAUUGGGGGACACAUUGCCGAUGCACUGGAAGCUGGCUAUCCUGUUGAUAUUAAAAGAGCCGGAAUGACCGAAAAGCUUCUCAAACUAAUUGAAGACACAAUUAGAGCACCGCCAAUAAAUUCUGAUAUUCGUCAUAUAAAACCGAUUAAAGAGGCUUUGCCUGAAUACAUUGACUAUCACCACAUUAAACUGGCAAUUGCUAUUCUUCAAAUCAAGUUUGGUCUUCCAUCAGUGAUAGACUCACAGACUACUACAACCAAUCCAGUUAGCCAGUCCAAGCCAUCUUAUGGACAACAACUUAGUGAGGGAAACAAUUCGCAGACCAAAAUGAACCACGUAAAGCAAACACCAAUUUGGACAAGCUCAUCGAUACGUGUAACAGAGGUAUCGCAAGAAGCCAGCAGUAGAGCAAAUGAGUCUGCAACCUCCGGUGCCAAGCGAAAAAUACCAGCGUGGUUACACGCAAAUACAGCUAAGAAGCCGUGCAGCAGCAAUGCCAAACAAUUUACCUUGAAAAAGAAAAAAUCAUUGUUUUGAAGCGAUUCUAAAACAUUCCACAUAAAACUGAUUAACAUUAAGAAGCCGUGUAGCAGCAAUGCCAAACAAUUUACCCUGAAAAAGAAAAAAUCAUUGUUUUGAAGCGAUUCUAAAACAGUCCACAUAAAACUGAUUAACAUUUGAUUUCUGAUAAUUUGGCUUUUGAAACAGGAAAAAUAUUAUGCAAUAUUGUACACUAAUUUUACUUGUUAACUUAUGUUUGCAUAAGUUGAAGUUUCAGUCUGCUGCCCUCAACAAUAAAUAUUGUAACAGCAAAAUUUGAAUUAUAACUGAUGGUUCUGAAAAUGGAUUUUAUUUAUCAAGAAGUUCUAAAGUAAAUCUUAUUCAUAAGAAUAACUGAACAUGUAUGUAUAAAUUUGUCUACCAUUGACCAGGUUGUAAACAUGUAAAUUAGUUAUAACCACAUCAUUAACUUGAUUAUGAGCAUAGGACAUAUAAAUCCUCACCAUUAACUUGGUUAUAAUAAUGUAAACUGGUUAAAACCACCAUUAACUUGGAUGUAUUCAUGUAACUUGGUAAUAACUUUUGAAUGGUUAAGAUGGUUUUAACUAUUUAAUCUGGUUAUCUUGUAACCUCAUUAAAAUCACAAUAUAAACCCCAUGUGUUCUGAAUAAAAACUUGUUUAUAACCAUGUCAUUCUGGUUAUAACAUACUGUAACUAUUUAACAUGGUAAUACAUUUUAACCUGGUUAUUAUUUAACCUGGAUUAAACUAACCUUAUUGAGUUAUUUAAUUGAAUUGAUAACCUCACCAUUAAAAUGCAGUCACCAUAAUCGUCACAAGAAUGAAUUGUUAUACAAUGACUGUAUUACUGUUAACAAUCUUAAUUAUCGUUGUAAUGAUGCUGUUAUAAAGGCAGUGUUACUUGUAAUUUAUUGCACUUAGUUCUAAUUUAUUUGCAAGAUGUCAUAGAAGGCAAAUGUUCUACUUAGUUUUAUGUGAUACUGUGUAUAUUGAUAUGCUAACUCAAUCGUAUGUCAUAUAUUAUUAGUACAUAUUUGCUUUGUCCUGUGUAACAAACACUCAAAAAAUAUUGCAUUGGAAUGUAUGAGUUAAACGUUAAUGAACAGUUCACGCUGUGAAAUAAUAUAUCACAGCUGAUGGACCGAGAAUAGAAUAAUAAUACAAUGUUCAGAACUUGCUCGGUAUUGGGCUACAUACUUCCAAUGUGUAUGCAUAGUACAUUGCGAUUUUUGUCCAAAUUCUUAGUGUCAUCUUCCUAAUAAUUUAAGAUGGUGUUGAUGAUGAUAAUAAUAAUAAUAAUAAUGAUAAUAAUAUUAAUAAUUAUAAAUUAAUAAUAAUAAUAAUUAUUUAUUUAUUUACGAUUUGCCUCACUUGUGAUAAAGGAAGCUUCUAUGAUGCUUUAAAAAAUUCCCUUAUAAUUCUUUGGACCACCGUGAUGAUGGUAAUGAUAACAAUAAUGAUUAUUAAUAAUAUUACAGUUUAAUGUAAAACAUACAAACAAGAAGAAUUUAAAAACUCAAACACUGAAUCCAGUGGAGAUAAUAAAGAAAUAAUAAUUAAUUAACCAAUAAAUAGAACAUAAUGUAUCUGUUUAGAAGCAACUUGUUCCAAAGUAUUGGAGCAACAACAGAACUUGAUCUGGCACUGUUUGAUGUUUCCUUUUCACCCGGUUAUCCUCAUCCUUAACCUGGUUAUAACCAUGUUUAAACCAUUUGAUUUUGUUCAUAAACCGUAAGCAAAAACGAUCCAGAUCAGUUGAGCAAAGAAACUGGAGUGGUGCAUAAGUAGUGUCUGAGAGAAGUAAGUCGGUGAUGUGUUUAAUUCAAUUGAUAGAUCUGUAUGUUACAUACAGAAUACAGUAAAGAUUUAUGGUAAAGUUAUAGUAUAGAUAAAUAUAUUAUAAUCUCUUCUAUGCAAGGUAUGAUAGAAACGUAUGUUCGUCUACUUACAGUUGGCUGAUAAAAUAUUAUUAAGAUGCAUGUUGUGUUUGUUUGAAUGCAGUACAUGAUUCCUGGAGUCACCAAUGAAUGUGUUUCUCCAUAGCAAAUUUAAAACCUUAUGACUUACCAUGAGAAAUACAGGCAGUUGAAUGCGAAAAUUCAAUGUGGUAUUAGUAUUACCUAGCUUUGCUUCAUAGCACAUGUGUAGGGCAACUGAACGAUAACCAGGAAUGUGUUGAGUUCGACUUCCUAUGUGUAUGGAUGCGUUUCUCCAUAGCAAAUUUAAAAUCUUACGAUUUGCCCUUACAAAACAGAGGUAGUUGAAUGCGAAAAUUCAAUGGGGUAUUUCCCAGCUUGGCUUCAUAGCACAGUGUGUAGAGCAACUGAACGAUAAAACUAGAGGGCCUUGUGCUCAAAUCUCUGGGCAUAAUACAUUUCAUUAAAAAAAACCCAAAUAUAUUGAUCAUUUGUUUUUUGUAUUUUUAUGAAGUUCUGACAAUAACAUAGUACAUAGAUCGGAUUCUAUUUUUGUUAGUGAUAUCAAGUUGAUCUUCCAUUGUGGAGGGGAUUGGCCAUAUACAUAAUACAGGUAGACCAACAGGCUGAAAUUUUUAUCACUUUUAGUGACAAAAAGAAACAUGGUUUCAGAAGUACUGUAUAUUUCAACUUCUUUAUAGUUAAAUAUAUCUGAUACUUGAUUCGGAA